UUCCAAUCACAACCACUAUGAUACAGUAUAGCGUAGUCUUCUGUAUAAAACAGACUAACAAAAGAAACCUAUACAGUUAUGAAUGCUAACCAUCACUGUUGUGUCCUUAGUGAUGUCACAUGAUUAGUUAUAGGACACUGUACUGAGCAUGUAGCUAGGAACAACAUGAAGAUCAAAUUUGCUUUGUUUUGGAGUGUGGCAGUCAGUGUGUGUGCAAGUUUCACCACAGUGAGAGCUGAUUUUGUAUUAACAGUCAAUUUUAUCAACUACACCAACCCAACCGGACUGUGUGCUGAAUGUGCUGUUCCACUGAGUGAUGUGGCAAGUGCUGACCAGCUAUUCCCAGUGUGCUGUGAUGAUCGGCCACUCAGAAACACCAACUGUGACAACACAGGAGAGGAGAGUUGUGACACCAGGUUCCGUUGGAACAUCAGACCAUUCGCUGCAUCACUGGAGACAAGACCCAGUGCUGCAUCCAAUCCUGGCAAUCCUUCUAAUUACUUCUUCACAAACUGUCCAACCUCACCCAACUCUGUUUGCCCAUUCCCCCAAGUGAGCACAACAUUUCCCCAAGGCCCACUAGGUUUCCUGGGUGUAGCAGCCAACCCUCUACCAGUGAUGUCAAGCACAGUGUGGACAGAACAAACACAGUUCUUCAUAGAAGCUGUGGACAGUGGACUCCCGAACAUAAUAGACAGUCUGUUGAUUGACCUGGACAACCUCCAACUUGGAGCAGACUUCACAGAGGAGAUGACGUUCACUGGAUACCACAACAUAUCUAACAUGACCAUGAGUUUCAGAGUCGAGUGCUCGCAUGGUUUCUGUGGAUCUGACUGUACCACCACAUCUCAGAACAACCCACGAAUGGUGACAUGUCAAGCUGAUGGCACUCUAACUUGCUAUGACAACUUUGACCCUAAUACAAGCUGUACUGAGUGUGUGGAUAACUACAAUCUAACCACCAACUGCACGUCUUGUCUAUUUGGACGAAACAUAUCCACAAGAUGUACCACCUGUCUGCCCGGGUAUGAUAGUAACCGUGACUGUACAGUGUGUUUAUCUGGACGAAAAAUAUCCACAAGAUGUACCACCUGUCUGUCUGGAUUCACUGGAAGUAACUGUGAACCUGACUCUUCACUCAGUGUGGGAGUGGUGGGUGGUAUCGCUGGAGGAGUGGGUGGAGUUUUGCUGCUCAUCAUUCUAGUAAUGGCCGUGCUCCUACUUACAGUCAGUAUCAGAAAGAGUGGUAACCAAGACAUCAGUACUGCCACUACUACAGAUAAAGAAGUUACAGAAGUCAUGGAAAUGAAUCAAAAUCCCGUGUACAGUAUGAGUACAACUGAAACACCAACUAUGGACCAUGAAGCUAACCACACCCACCAGUACGAGACUGUGGACACACCCAUUGAAAUGAAUCAGAACCCUGUGUACAGUGCAACCAAUGCUACUAAUAUUGAAGCUGACUACUAUGAGAACGGUGGUCUGGGCCCAACAAGAAAUGAUCAGCAACUGGAAUACGAUUAUAUUCAAGUGUGAAAGUACAACAAACACCUUAUAGCAAUAAUGUACACAUACAGACACAAAAAUUAAACACGUAUAAUAUAAUUAUUACUUACGAUUUUACUAUUAAUCAUUGACUAUACUGGGAGUCUAUAUAUAAAC